AUGGCCCCUCUGAUCUGCUCAAACCUCUCGGUCAAUUUUCUGGAUAGGUUGUUUGCCACAGAUGCCUCUUGUCAAAAGGGGGGCAUAGUCAGUGCGGAGAUUCCACUUGAUGUUCAUGAAGCGUUGUGGCUUGGGACUGACAAAAGGGGUGCUUACACCCAACUCGCAAACCCCUUUCAUGCGGUGCUCAGGAGCCUUGGCGAAGCUGAUGAUGACCUCGAGACCUCUGGGCCCUGGGAUUGUGCCACUCAACCUCAGAAGUCUCCUCUCAUGUAUUUUGACUUUGUUGAGAUUUGUGGGGGAGCGGGGAAAGUCGGUGAUGCCCUUCAUGCCAGAGGUUGGAUUGUAGCCCCUGUCCUGGAUUUGUCCGAGAGUGUCCACUAUGACCUUGGCUCCCUACGUUUGCUGGAAUGGAUCAUCUACAUGAUUGAAGAAGGUAGGUUCAGGUCGUUCAUGGUUGAACCCCCUUGCACUACAUUCUCUCCGGCUGCUCACCCUGCUGUCAGGUCAUACCGAGAGCCUCUUGGUUUUGACAGGCUCGAUCCAAAGACGCUCCAUGGGAAUUUGCUGGCUUUUCGGGCGCUCAUCUUGCUUCGUGUCGGCCGUCGUUGUGGCACUCCUUGCGCGGCAGAGCAGAGCAGGCUUUCCAAGAUGUGCUGGUUGACCUUCUGGAUUUCCCUGCUUGAUGUUGGGUUUGAGGAAGCUGUCAUGGCAAGUUGCAUGUUUGGCUCCCCCCACCGGAAGGAGUUUCGCCUGCUGUGUUAUCUGUUGGAUGUUGCCUUCCUUGACACCAGGUGCUGUGGGGGCCACUCUCACGUCAGAAUCCAGGGAAGCCUCACCAAGCCCUCCGCUGUUUAUGUUGAUGGUCUUGCUGAUCGCAUUGCAGCUGCUUUCCAUCGGGCUUUGACUUCCUUGAACGCUUGUCAACGUCUGGAGCCUGAAGUCGUCGGUCUGGAGUCGCCUGUCGUCAAUGACCUUGCACUCUCUUCCAAGUGGUCACUUGUCCGUGCUUGGUUUUGGAAAAGGGGUGGCCACAUCAAUGUGCUUGAACAAGCUUCGGCCGUAUCCUUGCUUGACCAGCUCAGUUGCCAGACCUCUUCUGUGCGUUUUGCGUCGCUCAUUGACUCUGCUGUUUGUCGUGGCUCCUUGUCCAAGGGUCGCUCAGCGUCUGUUGCCUUGCAACCCGGCUUGAAAAAGGCAGGAGCCAUCUGUGUCGCUGCGGACCUGUAUCCGGUUUGGCCCUACUGUCCCACUCGCCUGAACACUGCUGAUGACCCCACUCGGUCUGUCUCGGUUCGUGCCCCUGUCUGUCACUCCUUAGUCCAGCUUUCUGGCUUCAGCGACCUUGCAAAAGCUUCAAGUGGAUUCCUGCGCAGGUUUGCCGCCAAUUGGUUCCGGCUUGUGCUCCUAGCCCUACUUGUUACUGGUUCUGACUCGGUAUCGUGUGGUAGUGAGCCUGGCUCCUGGAUCUCUCCGUUUUGGAUUUCCGACCUUGUCCAUGUCAGCUGUGUUGGAAUUGGCCUCCUCUUGUCCCUCUUUGUCGCUCUGUGGACUUUGCCCUGGACUUUGCCUGGGAUUUCCUGUGAAACCCGCUGCGCUGAGUGUGACCUGUGGUGGACUUUUGGUCGUGUGGGUACGGGCAGGGUAACACUAAUUCCUAAGUGGACUUUUAAGGGUAGGAUUGGCCUUGUAGUUCGCGCCAUGGUGUUGCUUUGCUGCUUGGUGCCAGCUGGUGCUAUGCCCAUAGGAGCGAACACAGCUGUCGAACAUGCACGAGUUUUGGCGCGGGCUGGAAAUAACUUGGUGUCCUCGAGAGCUGUGCGUCCUCAAACCCGCGACAAGAGGCUGGUUUAUCUGGAGAGAUUCAGACGGUGGCUGCUGGAGGAGAAGUCGACUUCUCUGCGGAUGCUACUCGAGCAAAAACCGCCAGAUCCAGAGAAGAUUUGUGCAGGAGCUUUUGCCUUCACCCUGGCGCGUGCAAUAGCGUUUUUGGAUUCAGGCAUACCUCCUGCAGCAUGGUACGCCCUCCUGAAAAUUUCUGCAGGUUCUCCUUCGAAGAGUUCUGGAAAGGAUGGAAAAGGCUUUCUUGACAUCAAGAAACCAACUGGGGGCUUGAAUGCUCAAGCUUCCCUGCCACGCCCACCCGGGCAGAAAUUUCAGGGGCCUUUUUGA